AUGUGGACGAACGUGUCGACGCAUAGAAAGUUCAUCUCACGUUUACAAAACUGCAAACAAGUCUCUUUCGCGCACCGAACGCAAACAAACAAACCCGGUAGACGGUUGACGAUGAGCCACAGCUAUACGAUAAUCGCAGCUGAUAUCGGUGGCACGAAUGCUCGGUUCCAGGCUUGGGCAAUAUCUAUGGAAGGCGUCGACGAUGAGUUACUGUUCGAGAAGACGUACAGCACUAAUUCCUUCGACGCGUUUGACAAAUGUUUAAAUGUAUUCUGUCACGACUCUGGACUUGACCACUUCGACUCUUCUUGUUUCGCCGUUGCGGGUCCAGUAGAAAACAACUGCUGCGAGAUGACAAAUUUAAAGUGGCAAGUGAACGGUGCUCAAGUACAGCAGUCGUUUAAUAUUCCAAAAGUUUCUGUUCUGAACGACUUUGCCGCGGUUGGUCACGGAAUCACAGGCUUAGACCCGUCCCAGCUUGCGAAGUUGAAUGACAUCGAACCAGUACAACACGGGCCCAUAGCCAUCGUAGGACCAGGAACAGGUCUAGGGGAGGCUUUUCUUAUCUGGAACGACGCAAAUGAAGCGUAUUCUAUUAUUUCAACUGAAGGUUCACAUGCACCGUUUGCACCAAAAAAUGAAGUUCAAAUCGAGCUUCUUAAGUAUAUGUGGGCAAAAAAUUACAAGGUCUGUGAAGUAGAGCAAGUUUGCAGUGGUCCAGGACUAAGGAGGAUUUAUGAGUUUCUUUGCAAAUCAAUUCAUACGAAACCCGAUGACAUAGAACCCGCGGAGAUUGCAACAAGGGCACUUGCAAAUAGUUGCAAAACUUGCCGCACGACUUUGAAAAUGUUUCUUGAAAUCCUGGGUUCGGAGUGUUCAAGUGCUGCCCUACGCGUUCUCGCAACCGGUGGAGUGUACAUAGCUGGUGGUAUUCCCCCCAAGAUUUUACCUCUGCUCAUGGAUGGUUCACUAACUACUGCGUUCGAAAACUGCAAUCCCUCCAUGCGCAAUGUCGUCGCCUCAUUCCCCUUGAUCGCCGUAAAAACUCCAAACGUUGGUCUUCUUGGUGCAAAGGUGCUGGCGAAACGUCAGCUGGGUGAUUGA